AUGGGUUCACAGAUUCCUGCGUCGCCAAUAGACAUUAACCACUAUCAACAUUUGCAAGACAUACCACUAGCCGAUCCCACGUUUCACACUCCAGGGAGCAUCGAUGUUCUCAUUGGAACGGACAUUUGGGGUAUGUUCCUCCUGGGGGAAACAUUCACUGGUGGGUCUAAAGAUCCGUGCGCCCUGUCCACCCGUCUGGGGUGGGGCAUUUGCGGACCUGCGUUCCCACGCUGUACGUCGCUUCCAACUUUACGCGCGUUACCGAAAUUCGCAGCGGAAGAGGAGCGACUAGAUGAGAUACUGCAACGUUUCUGGGAGCUGGAGGAGGAUGGCCGACCCCCAGCUGUUGACGACCUUAGCGAAGAGAUUUUUUGUAAAACGGUAUCGCGCAAGAGCAAUGGCCGAUACGUAGUACAAAUCCCAUUUUCACCGAAUGCAUCAGCUCUUGGCAAUUCAUAUGUCAAGGCAUUUAACCAAUUCCUCAAUCUUGAGGCCGCUUGA